AUCAGAAGACAUCACUUCCAUCUUCCUCUCCUAAGCCAUAGUUCUAAGUUAUUUGUUCUUGCAUGAUUCAUUGUUGCAACUAUUUACUAAAUAUCCAUCCAUAGAUCAACUAAUAUCUUUCAGUAUUCAAGAUGGGUUUCGCUAGCUGUCUAGGGUGGGACAACGGUGUUAUGUUGGCACCAAUGGGAGCCGAUAUCGCCGGACCAAAACUUGUUGCAGCUGUGGCCAAUGCCGGAGGCCUUGGUUUAUUGGCUAGCCCAGUUAAUAUGUAUGAUGCGACUCUGAAGAUGAUAAAAGAUACGAAGAAGCUUACAAGUAAGCCAUUCGGAGCAGGUAUUUUGCUGGGAUUUGAUCAAUCCAGCACUAUCAAGGCCAUUUUUGACGAAAAGCUCGCAUGCAUGCAAGUCUACUGGGGAGACUUUAGCAAAGAGAUGGUGGACGAAGCUCAUAAAAAUGGAGUUAAAGUCAUACACCAGCUUGGUUCAGUUGCCGAUGCAGAGAAAGCAAUUGCUGCAGGUGUUGAUUGUAUCAUGGCACAGGGUCCAGAAGCCGGUGGGCAUGUCAUUGGACAUGUUAGUGUGAUUGCUUUGGUUCCUAGGAUUGUGGAUGUAAUCGGUGACAGGAAUGUCACAGUUGUUGCUACCGGAUCCAUCGCAGACGCUCGUGGUUUUGUGGCUGCCCUUGCACUUGGAGCUAAAGGAAUCUGUAUGGGGACGAGGUUUAUAGCUGCCGAAGAAUCAUAUGCAAAUGACUACUACAAGCAGCAAUUGCUUCAUUACACCGAAGCCGACACAGAUUACACAGACCUAUACAGUCGUGCAACCUGGAGAGCACCAACUCGUGUUCUUAAUACACCUUUCCAUCAAAAAUGGAAACCUGUACCACAAGAUGUCUCAAACAAUGAGGAUCAACCGAUCGUUGGUUACUCGAUCAUUCAUGGAGGGGAAACGAUUCUUCGUCGGUUUGCAGGACAAGUAGCAAACCAGACCACGGCUGGGGAACUUGAAAACAUGGUCAUGUAUGGAGGACAGGGAGUCGGACUUGUGACAAGUAUUCUUCCUGCUGGUGACAUCGUUAAGAGUGUCGUUGAGGGUGCUGAAAAGAUCAUUAAGGAACUUGGUAGCAGAACACAGGUAAAACCCGUGAAGGCCGUCGUUCUUCUGAAAAGCACUGAAGGUGUCUCUGGCACCCUCUACUUUACCCAAGCAGGAGAUGAACCAACUAAAAUAAUUGGAACUAUCUCUGGUCUGAAAGCUGGACUUCAUGGUUUCCACAUACAUGCACUUGGUGACACAACAAACGGUUGUACGUCUACUGGACCACAUUUUAAUCCUGCUGGCAAAGACCACGGUGCUCCCGGGGAUGAAACCCGUCAUGCUGGUGACCUUGGAAAUCUUACUGCCGGUGCAGAUGGUAAAGUUGAAGUGAACAUUUCCGACAAACAGAUUCCUCUCAGUGGACCAAAUUCCAUAAUUGGAAGGGCUGUAGUUGUACAUGCUGACCCUGAUGAUCUUGGAAAGGGUGGCCAUGAACUCAGCAAGACCACUGGUAAUGCUGGUGCCAGAAUCGCUUGUGGUAUUAUCGGCCUUCAGGCUAAUUGAUCAAAUCAUCAAAUUUUUAUUGCCAAAUCUAUUGUACGUAUGAAUGUUACCACAUUUGCACCGUGGAAUGAGACGAUGUUUGAACUUUUUCAUGGGAGGGAAUAAACUAUAAAAAUGGAAGAAGAUAUGUAACUACUAUUAUUUGUUGAGAUUGUGAUCUUGUGCUGUUUGUUUUUGUCAUAUCCCUUUUCUUAUUUCUGCUGUAUGGUUGAUUUGGAUGUUACUCUACUGGUCUAUCAAUAUUGUCUUGGUUAAAUAUAUUAAGCUCGAUGAUUUUGUAUUUGAUUGGGCAAAGUCUGUUUAGAGAGUAGUUGUAACUUGUAAGCUCUCUGAAUUUUAUGCUCACCACUUCUUUAUUUUAUUUUAUUUUAUUUUAUUUUGUCCUUUUCAAAAAA